AUGGGCUUACGUGGCAGUAUCCAUCGUUUUCUCAAGUUCUUUAAGGUCGGCUGGCGGAUUUACCGAGAUCCGCUGGUGGAGUCUAGCCACUCCUCACUUUACUAUUGGCGGGAGCAGAUGAAGGCAAUGGCCUUAUAUACAACCACAGAAGAACGCCAGCUGCCCUACCGAUCUACAUGGCACAUUUUAGUAAAUAUUCAAGCUGUGGUCUUUUUUGCUUCCAUGUGCUCUGGCUUAAAGGAAUCGAUAGGGGAUCAUGUUGAAAUGGGACGGGAUUUGGCGUUCAUGCUUGGGGCAUUUUUCAUCAUGUUCAAGAUUUGUUAUUUUUACUGGUAUGGCGACGACCUUGACCGGGUGGUCAGUGAACUGGACGCACUUCAUCCUUGGGCGCAGACAGGUCCCAAUGCCGUAGAAUAUCGGACUGGCAAACGUUGGUACUUCGUAAUGGCUUUCUUUUUGGCCUCGUCGUGGUCGCUCUUCUUGUGUAUUUUCCUAUUCUUACUCCUAACGUCACCCAUGUGGGUCCAUGACCAGAACCUUCCCUUUCAUGCGGCUUUUCCUUUCCAGUGGCACGAACGAUCGCUUCACCCCAUUGGCCACGUUAUAAUCUAUCUGUUUCAGAGCUACUUUACAGCGUAUGCUCUGACUUGGCUUUUGUGCAUAGAGGGGCUAUCUGUUUGUAUUUAUGCGGAAGUAACUUUUGCCAUUGAAGUUUUGUGCCUGGAACUUCGCCAACUUCACAGAUUUAAGGUUGGCCUUACAGAGCUCAGAAUGGAGAUGAAUCGCUUGGUCAAGCUUCAUCAGAAGAUUAUGCAAAUUUUAGAUCGCACCAACAACGUUUUUCAUGGAACCCUCAUAAUGCAAAUGGGGGUAAACUUUUCCUUGGUGUCCCUAUCGGUUCUAGAGGCCAUGGAGGCCCGCAAGGAUCCCAAAGUGGUGGCUCAGUUCGCAAUCCUCAUGCUGCUCGCUUUGGGGCAUCUGUCCAUGUGGUCGUAUUUUGGGGACAUGUUAUCGCAGAAGUCGUUGAAAAUUUCGGAGGCGGCCUACGAGGCUUACGAUCCCACCAGAGGAUCCAGGGAAGUUUACAGAGACCUCUGCCUAAUAAUCAGGCGUGGCCAGGAGCCUCUGAUCAUGAGAGCCAGCCCCUUUCCUUCCUUUAAUCUAAUAAACUACAGCGCUAUACUUAACCAAUGCUAUGGAAUUCUUACAUUUUUGUUAAAGACAUUAGACUAAAACCGAAAACGGAUGAACUUUAAUACUAAUUCAUGGAAAAUAUUUCAAUUUGCUAAAGGUCUUGCAUAAACUGUAAUAAACUGUAAUAAUAUCUGUUGCAUUUGCUUCCGAAAUUUGGUUUUCGUUUAUACAGAAUGGUCUAUUUGAUAGAGUCAGGCGAUACGGAUACUUUACUGGUUUCCUAUCUUUUCAGACACUUUUUAACUUAUGGACUCUUAAGCUUUCGUUAAAAUAUUUCUGUCAUCGGUUUGACAUAUUUAGUGCAAGUCUAGUUACUGGAGAAUGAUAUUCGAGACUUCAUCAAUUUUCUUUCCAAUUAUUACAUUCAUAUUAUUUGCGAGUUUCAGAAGCCAUUUAUCCU